AUGUCUAACUUUAAGUUCGGCAGAGCUACUUCAGAAAUUCAAUGAAGAUAUUCUAUUGGCAGGAGGGCAAAGAAAGAUAAUAAGAAACGUGUCGAUCAUAAAUUAACUGUUAGAGAGAGACUUGAUCUCCUCUUUGAUGAGGGUACUUUCACUGAAUAUGAUAGGUACGUUGUUCAUAAGUGUAAUGAUUUUGGAAUAAAGAAACAGAAAUUUGAUACUGAUAGAGUCGUUACUGGGCAUGAGAAAUCAAUGGAAGAACUGUCUAUGCUUUCUCAUAAGACUUCACUAUUUUCGGAGAAGGUCAGCAAGAUCAAGAGCCAAGCUAUGCUUGUUGGAGCUCGAAUUAUUGAAGAAAAUGACUCAGGAAGUGCUAAAAUUCAAGAAGGCGUACUUUCCUUGGCAAGAUAUGCUGAAAUUUUUCAAAGAAAUGUUAAUUCUUCAGGAGUAAUUCCUCAAGUUUUAUUGAUCAUGGGACCAUGAGCAGGAGGAGCUGUAACCAAAAGUAGUGUGGUCAUAAGAAAUUUUAAGCGAUAUCAGGCUAUUGCUAGCACCAGGAACUUGAUGUCUUACUUACCAUCAUCAAAUGAUGAGCUCCCUCCAAGAAGAGAAUGGGCUCUCGAGGAUGAAGCAAAUCAGGCAUCUCCAGAUAUUUUGAACAACAUUAUUCCAGACGAUCUCAAUAAACAUAUCAUACGAAGCUGGUGAUCGAAAGUUGUUUGCAUGAUGCUUGGAUAUCGAUUCUUAGAUUGAAGGAGCGAAAUUUGUUUGUGCAUGUGAUGCUUUUAAUAUUCGAGGAGUCAUCUUUGAAGAUGUCCCAGGUUUCCUCUCAGGAACUAAUCAAGAGUAUGGAGGGAUCAUUAAACAUGGUGCUAAAUUACUCUAUGCUUUUACUGAAUGUACGACUCCAAAGAUCACUGAUAUUACUCGAAAAGGAUAUCGAGGAGCAUUUGAUGUGAUGUCUUGUAAGCGACUCUCAAGAGAUAUGAGCUAUGCUUGGCCAACUGCAGAAAUUUCAGCUAUGAGAGCCAAAGGAGUUGUAGAAAUCAUUUUUAGAUGACAGAAUGUUUAA